AUGAAUCUCAUAGAAACGCUCUUUGGCCGAACAGUGACCCCCGCUGAAAGGCUGCGACAGCAUCAGCGGUCUCUCGCCAAAGCACAACGCGAACUCGAUCGCGAACGGGCAAAGCUCGAGCAGAGCGAGAAGAAGCUCAUGAUGGAUAUCAAGAAGAGCGCAAAAGCAGGCCAGAUGAAUGCAUGCAAAGUCAUGGCCAAAGACUUGAUUCGGACAAGGCGAUAUGUUCAGAAGUUCUACCAGAUGCGCACUCAGCUGCAGGCAGUGGGCUUACGCAUACAAACACUUCGCAGCAAUCAACAAAUGGCGGACGCCAUGCGUGGUGCAACUCGAGCAAUGGCAAGUAUGAAUCGUGGCCUCAACCUACCAUCAAUACAACGCAUCAUGAAUGAAUUCGAGAAGGAAAGCUCUAUGAUGGACAUGAAGGAAGAAAUGAUGUCGGAUGCUGUGGAUGAUGUGAUGGAGGACGAAGAAGAUGAGGAAGAAGAGGGCGAUAAGGUUUUGAAGGAGGUCUUGGAUGAGAUUGGCGUCAGUCUGGCCCAGCAGCUUACUGAUGCACCGACUGGGCUCGCAACGGCAACAUCGGUUGCUUCCAGACAACCAGUGGCCCUGGGCGAAGCAGUAGGGGGCGCGCCGGCGGGUUCAGCUGCGGCUGCGGGUGGCCAGGGAAACAAUGUGGGCGGAGGCGGCAUGUCUGACGAAGAUUCGUUACAAGCACGACUGGAUGCUCUUCGGAGAGGCUAA